UUAAAAAAGAGAGAAACAUGAAAAUAGCAAUAGAAGGAUGCGCGCACGGUGAACUGGAGCGCAUAUACGACACCAUAGCAUGCAUCGAGAAGGAGAGCAAUACAAAGAUCGAUCUCCUGCUAUGCUGCGGUGACUUUCAAUCCACGCGCAAUCUGGAGGAUCUGCAAACGAUGGCUGUGCCGAAGAAGUACCUGGAUAUAUGUACCUUUUACAAAUAUUACAGCGGGGAGUGCGUGGCCCCUGUGCUGACUAUUUUCAUUGGCGGCAACCACGAGGCCUCGAACUACCUGCAAGAGCUUCCAUACGGCGGAUGGGUGGCCCCAAAUAUAUAUUAUCUGGGCUAUGCUGGAGUGGUAAAUGUGAACGGCGUUCGUAUUGCAGGCAUCAGUGGCAUCUACAAGGGACACGACUUCCUGCGUGGCCAUCACGAAUUCCCGCCCUACACGGAAUCCACAUGUCGCAGUGUCUAUCACGUGCGGCAGUUGGAGGUGUUCCGCCUGAAGCAGCUAUCUGGUAAGAUAGACAUAUUCUUGUCGCACGAUUGGCCCACCGGCAUCUAUGAAUACGGCAACAAGGCCCAGCUGCUCAGGAAGAAACCCUAUUUUGCGGCUGACAUGGAAAGCGGGCAACUAGGCAGUCGACCGCUGGAGGAGCUGCUGAAGGCAAUACAGCCCUCUUACUGGUUUGCCGCACAUUUGCAUUGUAAAUUUGCCGCCCUCGUGCCACACCAAAACGCAACCAAAGCCCCAACCAAAAUGGGAGACGGCUCUUCAAGCAGCAGCAGCAGCAGCAGUAGUGAGAGCGACGAUGAGGAGAGCACAUCUAGGCUGCCACCCAAACCAGUGGCUGUCACAAAGUUUCUCGCUCUGGACAAAUGCCUGCCUCGACGAGCAUUUCUCCAAGUGCUGGACAUACCCAGUGAAGCGAUUGAAGGUAAUCCCACGUUUGAAUACGAUGCCGAAUGGCUUGUUAUUCUGCAAAGCACCAAUCAUCUUAUCUCGGUGAAGGAGAACUACUACUACCUGCCGGGCAAGAAGGCUGGCGCCAUCGCAGAGCGCUUCAAUUUCACACCCACCGAGGAGGAACUGGAUUCGUUGAUCACCAAAUUCCAGAGCCUCAAGAUCCCGGAGAACUUUCAGCGAACGGUGCCUGCCUUUGAUCCGCAGGAGCAGUCCAACUAUAAGCAUAUGGUCGUGGGUCAACCCACGGCCCAUCUAAAUCCCCAGAGCAAUACAUUCUGUUCUGUCUUGGGUGUAGAUGAUCCACUCUGUCUGGCGUUGCUGGCCAAUGGCAAGGAUCUGCCAGCAGUUGCGGUUGAAAGCAUAGACCCGAAGGCAGAGGAAACCAUUGUUCACGUUCAGAAUCAAUGUCAGGAUCAAGAACCCAUCGAAGGGAGCUCCUCCCCUCCUCCUGAACCACUUGUGACCCCUUCGAAAAGAAAACUUAAUUUUUUCUUGCCGGCGCCUACAGUUACAGCUGAUGCUACCGCAGCAGAAAAAGAUGACAGCGUGAUAGAUCUGCCUGAGGAAGAUGAGGAUCCAAAGACAGCAGAGACAGCCGAGUCGGAGGCAGUGGACAAUCCAAAAGUCAAGGCAGUCCCGCCAGCUCCCAGUAGUCCACCCAGCGUCAAGAAACUAAAGCGUAGGAACCAGAACAUUUAUCAAGCCGAAGACGAUGACUAAAUACUAACCAUUCUGCUUGACUGAGAAUAAAAUAACAUAUUCCAUGAUUCCGGAAUGAAUUUAA